AUGUCUGGCGACUCAGUUCCUUCGUCUUUUGACGAUCACCCGUACGUCCCCCCCAGCUUCUCCGGCCAAUUUACCGAGGAAUCCGGUGUCGAAAAGUUCACCCGGCGCCUCAAGGAAGAACCUCUCAUCCCGCUCGGAUGCGCCGCAACAUGCUACGCCCUCUACCGCGCCUACCGCUCCAUGAAAGCCGGCGACUCCGCCGAGAUGAACCGCAUGUUCCGCGCCCGUAUCUACGCGCAGGCAUUUACCCUGGUCGCUCUGGUCGCCGGCGGCAUGUACUUCAAGACGGAGCGCCGGCAGCGACGCGAAUUCGAGAAAGCGGUCGAGGAGCGCAAGUCGCAGGAGAAGCGCGACGCGUGGCUGCGCGAGCUGGAGAUCCGUGACAAGGAAGACCGUGAGUGGAGAGAGCGCCAUGCGGCUAUUGAGGCGGCUGCGAAAGAGGGCAAGAAGCCCUCCGAGCCUGAUGCAGCGCGCGCGGCGAUCGAACCUGCGGAUGAGAAGAGCGUUGGGGUGUUGGAUGCUGUUAAGGCUUUGUUGGCGAGUCGCUCGUAA